GCGCGCGCCUUCGACUACUGUCGUCGCCCUUACAAUAGUACACUAUUUUUACAUCGUUACCAUUUUUUAAAAUUUUUAUUAUUUUCUAUAUGAAUACUAUUAUUUUUUGAAGUAAAAAUCAAAUUUUAAAAAAAAUUUUUUUGUGCAGUAAAAUUUGUAAGGAUUUUUUCUACAUACAACAGGUAUAAAUUGCAAGACAAUUCGUGAUCUCAAUUCGAUCAAACUGUCAUGAAAUUAUAAUAUCAUAUAAAUCUUGAGCAAAUUAAAUAAGCGGUACUUUUAAAUAUGAGGAAAUGUUUUUAUCAAAAAUCAACGGGAUAUCAAUGAACGUCUUUGUAUUAAGAACCCCCAAUGAUUUUUAUUUGCUACAGAGUUUUGUCCAUUAUCACAACCAGACCUCCUAAUGUGACUUAAAUAAAACUCGAUAUUACCAUUAGUAAUUCUGUUCGCAGAUCAGAGUGGCAUGCGACUAGUAAACGUGGAACGGGCGUGUCUCUUGCUGACAACGAUUCACGUUUUGGUCAACGAGAUUGUUGAUGCAAAGACCUUCACCCUUGGCUACAUCACCGGUUCCAAGAGACGGCCAAACGAAUUUGAGUAUCAGAGACCUGGUACUCGUAUCUCUGGUGCUAUCACUCUUGCUGUUGAAGAGGUUAACGCUGGUGAACUGGGUAAACGCGGACAUAAACUUGAGUUCUUGGUUGCUGAAACUUAUGGGGAAGAAGAGACAAGCAUUUUGAUGACCGCUGAACUUUGGAAGAAAAAUAUUAGUGCUUAUAUUGGUCCACAAGAAACUUGUAUUCAUGAAGGCAGAAUGGCGGCUGCUUUCAAUCUUCCAAUGAUUUCAUAUUUUUGUACUCAUCAAGAAACGUCAAAUAAAAUCGAAUUUCCAACAUUCGCUCGAACUCGACCGCCAGACACCCAAAUAUCAAAAUCCGUUGUUUCAGUUUUGUUAGCAUUCAAUUGGACGAAAGUUACGUUUAUGUACAUGAACUCAAGUUUAUUUGAGUUCAACAAUAAAAUGUCAAGCGUCGCAAUGACGAUUCUCAAUUCAUUUGAGUCGUCUGGAAUUUCAGUAAAUUAUCUCCGUUGCUGGAAGGAACCUUACCACGUCACUCACAUGAACAAUCCAUUUCAUGAGCUCGUUGCCUCAACUUACCGCGAAACGCGAAUAUACGUUAUACUUGGCAACUAUUAUGAACACAUGGGUCUCUUGAUGGCAUUAAACGACAAGAAAUUGCUUGAAAAUGGCGACUAUUGGGUAGUUGGUGUCGACACAGAGCAGUACGAUGAGAAACAACCUGACAAAUAUCUUCGUGGUUUAUGGCAAAAGCAGACAGAUCUUUCACUUCUUCGUGCUUACAAAAGUUACUUUAGUAUCGUAGCUUCGGCUCCAGUUAACUUUGACAACUUUACUAGAUUAAUUCAUCAGUACCGACAAAAGCCACCAUUCAAGUUUAGUAAUCCUCUAGCAAAUGUCGGCGGAAUAGUUCAGAUAGUACCAGAGACAGCUUAUCUAUACGACGCAGUUCAUCUGUAUGAAAGAUCUCUUUUAGCUGCCUUGAAUGAGGGUCGUGAUCCUCGAGACGGUCGAAAGAUGGUUGAAACUCUCCACGGAGUUCAUUAUCACAGCGCUAUGGGAUAUAUGGUUUAUAUGGAUAAAAAUGGCGAUGCUGAAGGAAAUUAUACAUUAAUUUCUUUAGACAAUCGUUCAGAUACUGGACAUGGUCUUUAUCCAAUAGGUUAUUUUAUUGGCAAAGAAGAAAUAACAAGUUUACCUAAAUUGAGACUGACAAGAGAAAUUAUGUGGCAAGGUAAUGGACCGCCUUUGGCUGAACCUUUCUGUGGUUAUCAUGAUGAAAAGUGUAAUGCUCAUACUGGGGAAAUAAUUGGCGGGAUUGCUGGGGGAUUACUUCUUAUUUUUAUUUCUAUUUCAUUGAUACUUUAUCGUAAUUGGAGAUAUGAACAAGAAUUAGAUUCACUUUUAUGGAAAGUUAAUUACAAAGAUAUUCAAAUUCGUGAAACAAAAGAUGAAAGUAUUAAUUGUGAAUCAAAAUCAAAUACUAAACCUGUAGUGAGAACUAGUCAAGUAUCUCUCAGUUCAAAUCCUGACGCUGAUUUCCGUUACUCGAUGAUUUAUACCCAGAUUGGAUAUUACAAGGGUAGAAUGUUUGCAAUUAAAAAAGUCCGUAAAAAAUCAAUUGAAAUUACGAGAGAAAUGAAAAAAGAAUUAAAAAUAAUGCGUGAUUUAAGGCAUGAUAAUUUAAAUGCUUUCAUUGGAGCUUGUACCGACCCACCGAACAUUUGUAUUGUAGUGGAAUAUUGCGCGAGAGGAAGUUUAAAAGAUAUAUUGGAAAAUGAGGACAUGAAAUUGGAUAAUAUGUUCAUGGCUUCUUUGGUCGGAGAUAUAAUUCAAGGCAUGGUAUAUCUUCAUGACUCUGUUCUUAAAUAUCACGGUAAUUUAAGUACAUCAAAUUGUCUUGUUGAUUCACGUUGGGUAGUCAAACUUGCAGAUUUUGGUCUAAGAGAAUUUAAAAAAGAUGCCGAGUGUGAUCCUGAAGAUGUUAUGAAAAAAUAUCAAGGAUUAUUGUAUAGAGCACCAGAAUUAUUGAGGUCAACAGUAAUAGAAGAGCCUACAGUUCGCGAUUAUCAAAAAGCAGAUGUAUAUUCAUUUGCAAUUGUCCUCUAUGAACUUCAUGGUCGCCAUGGACCCUUUGGUAUCACAGAAUUGACGGCGCCCGAAAUUUUAAAACGAAUAAUAGUAAGAGAAAUGAGUUUGCCACCCUUUCGACCCUCAGUCGAUCAACUAGAGAAUUGCUUUGACUUCGUACGCGACUGCUUGAUCGAAUGCUGGGCGGAAGAUCCCGAGAGUCGUCCUGAUUUUAAAAUAAUACGUAACAAAUUACGGCCAUUGAGAAAAGGAAUGAAGCCAAAUAUUUUUGACAACAUGAUGGCAAUGAUGGAAAAAUAUGCGAAUAAUUUAGAAGCUCUUGUUGAUGAGCGGACAGAUCAAUUGACUGAAGAAAAGAAAAAAACCGAUGCGCUAUUGUAUGAAAUGUUACCGCGUUAUGUUGCUGAACAAUUAAAACGCGGCCAUAAAGUCGAAGCUGAAGGAUUUGAUUGUGUAACUAUUUAUUUUAGCGAUAUAGUUGGUUUCACAGCCAUGUCUGCUGAAAGUACUCCAUUACAAGUUGUUGAUUUUCUUAAUGAUCUUUAUACAUGUUUUGAUUCCACGAUUGAAAAUUAUGAUGUUUAUAAAGUUGAGACUAUCGGUGAUGCUUACAUGGUGGUCAGCGGACUACCCAUUAGAAAUGGUAUCCAGCACGCUGGAGAAAUAGCCAGUAUGUCAUUAUGUCUUUUAGAUGCAAUAAAACAAUUCAGUAUUCGUCAUCGACCAUUAGAAAAACUUCAACUGCGAAUAGGGAUCCAUUCUGGACCAGUUUGUGCCGGCGUUGUGGGUUUAAAAAUGCCACGGUAUUGUCUUUUUGGUGAUACCGUUAAUACUGCCAGUCGUAUGGAAUCAACUGGUACUGCUUUAAAAAUUCAUUGUAGUCAAGAGACUAAAAAAUUACUAGAUAAAUUAGGAGGUUUCAAUUUAAUCGAACGCGGCAUAAUUUCAAUGAAAGGAAAAGGAGAGCGUUUGACCUACUGGUUAAUAGGUGAAGAUCCAAUCCAACGUGCAGAACGUACGAGUGACAGAUUGGAACGUAAAAAUGGCAUUGGAGGAAAAAACAAGAUAAUUCAUGAUCUUUUGGUACCAAAAAGUUCAUUGAAAAAUAAAUCAUUAACCCGAACAACUUUCUUAAGAUGUUCAAGUGAAUCACCAAAGCGUCUUAGAUUCGCAAGUUCUGAUCAGUUGAAUAAUAAAUUACCGAUCAAUACCAAUGAGUUGGAGUGUAUUGUUGACAGUAGUCCUUGCAAAGGUAAAGGACUUUGUUCGAUUCGAUCAAACUGCAUGGAAAGUUCGAGAUCUUCAAGUAAUUCUUGUCCGUGUGUCGAAAAAUUAUGUGAUUCAGAGGAUCAAAAGAAAAAUAAUAAUAUUUCUAUUAGUAGUAAUGAUGAACAGUAUUUCAAAAGGGCAUUGUAUUUUGGCAAUAAUCGCAUUUUAUUAGACAGUAAUUGCCGCUCGGCUCCCAGUAGUCCCAAACACAGUUCAAUGAUUUUAAAUUCACAAAAAAGAAGUGCACAAUCUAAUGAAGAAAUGGAUGGAUGUGAUGCUACGCCACUAAUUAGAUCUGCGACAUUUGUUGAAUGACAUUCGAUUGUUGUUUGUUUGAAUUUUAAAAAAAAACCGCCGGAAUUUUUUUUAUAGAAAUUUACUUAAAUUUUAAUUUGUAACAUUUUAACCAUCAAUUAAUUGAUAGUUUAAUUAUUUGUAGAUAGUUAGCUGUCUAAACUUUGAUUUAAAAAAUUUAUUAUUGAAAACAAACGAAAUUUGUCAAAUUAAUUAGGUCUCUAGGGUGGGCAAUAAUAACCGAAUUUUUGAAUUGCACAACUUUAUUGCGAAGCCAAUUCUCGGUCCUAAAUGAUUUACUCAUGUAAAAAUCAUGUUUUAUUUUCACUUAUUCAAAUAUUCUCAAUUAGAACGAUUUGAGAGAUAAUUUAUUAAUUAAUAAAAUCAACAUAAUUUUGAGUCAUUUUUUUUAAAAAUAAUGAUUGGAAAAAAAAAUUUUGAAAAAAUUUGUGAUGUCCGUUAUCAGUAUGUACGGAUAUUUGUAAAAACGUUAACUGCAAAAAUAUACAAGCGAUUGAUUUCUUUUUUUACACUUGAAUUCCUAAAUAGAAGAACCAUUUUGAAAAUUACGAUCAAAAUUCUUUUGGAUUAAUUAUAAUUAUUAAAAAAUUGAACUUGACAAUUCAUGAAAAAAUUUUACUGUCAUUUUUAAUAUCAUUAUUGUUAUGAUUAUUAUUUUUUUAAAGGUAUAUAUUACUAGGCCUUGGGUAGUCCCAUAUCCGGCCAACAGUCAAAUUCAAAUUCAAAUUCAAUUUUUAAUUUUGAAACCAAAUCAAAUUCAAAGGUCGGUGAUUGAAUGAAUAUUAGGCCCGAAAAAUCUGACACCUUGUGUCUGAAAAAUUCUUUUGGCUUUCACUAGAAUUCGAACCCACGCCUGUCCAGUGAUUUAUUUUUAAAUGUGUUUUUGCACAUAAGAAAGCUAUCUAUUGAUCACUUUUUGAAUUAGCAAGUGAGUUGUGCACAUUUAGAUUUUCCAACUUUUUUAUUUUUCAAUUACGUCUUGAAAACGUCACUCGAAUAAUGAAAAUCUUACAAAAAUGUCUUAUACAUUUCUUCGAAAGUUACGAAAAUUGCUGUAAUAACAAUUGAUUAAUAAGUUGAAGGAAAAAUCAAAUUCAAAAAUUUAGUUAGUGCGGCCCAGCCUUAAAUAGAAAUAAAGUCACUGCCAAAACUUUGUUGUGUGAGCCAAGUUUAUAAGUAUUAAAAGGUGAUUUUAAAACACCUUAAUUGUUAGCUUAGACAAUCAAGAAGGCUCGUGCUUUUUAUUCUUUUUACUCAUUAUUUAUAUUCUAUAUAUACAGCCCAAACUCGUUAUAAGUAAACCCAUUAAAAGCAACUGUCCCUGUCGCACUUCUUGAUAUUUUUCUUUGAAACUCCCCGCUCUUUCGGUCGCUCAAAUUUCAAAUCUCGACGUUCAUUAUAAGUAUCACUCAUAUUUUGUUAAACGAAAUUUUUUAAAAUAACAAUUUUUUGUUCAAAAUUAAUCACUUAUUUUUUGAAUUUUUGAUACAAUUUCAGUCGUUGCUUAUAACGAGCGACAUUCAACGAUUUAUACACAUAACGAACGCAUGUGGAACUCACACCGAGAACUAAGAUGAGGGGAAGCCCAAAUCUCAGACUUUUCUGAGAAUUUUUCCCCCUACAACCCUCGAUAAUCGCUAAUAACGAGCGUGGGCUGUAUAUAGUCAUAUAUUUAAUUGAGUAAAUUAAAUAUUCUCAGAAAAAAAGUGAUUUAGAUCAAUGAAGAUCUAAAUGAUUUUUUUCCGGGUUUAUUAAUCAAGUGUUGUCUAGUCAAUAAACACUUAAGUUAAAUAAUAAAAUAACUAAGAUUAUAAAAUAUAAAAUAAAUAUAUACUUAAUAAUUAUUCUAAAAAAAAAGUACUUACAGUGAUCAAUAAUUAUCAAUAAUAAAAUUUUUUGGUAAAGAACAGUCUGAGAAUUUAUUAUUUGUAAAAUUAUAUACUUAAUAAAAUUUAAUUAUAGUUUAAUUUUAUUAUUAAAGGGGAAACUGGUGUGAUCAUCUGAAAAAAAGAUUUUUGGGAAUUUUUUUAAAGAAAACUACUGCAUGGAAUGUUUUAAUGUUUGAAGGGUAUAUUUGUGGAUAUAUAAUGAAUGCAAGAUAAAAUUUUUGGACCAAAAAAUUCAAAAUUCAGCGAGUUAUUCACAAUCUCCCAAGGCUCCAAAAAAAAGGUCUCCAUUGCUGCAGUGAUAGCGACUUUUACAGUGUAUGAAAUCAAAAAACCAAAAAGUUUAUUAAACUAGAAGGUAUUUUACGUAGCAUGACCCUCGGGCUAAGAAAAAAAUUUAAAUUUAACAAAAUGGCGGAGUUUAAAAAAAAAAAUUUCAAAUUUCGCGCGAAAAUUUGAUGAUUUUUGGUCUGGCAAAAUUACAUUUUUGAUUCGAUCGGAAAACUGGAGGUUCAUGGUACGUAGAAAGAUUUAUAAAAGAAGCUGCAAUUCGAAUAAAAUCGAUCGCUUGAUUUGUCUUCGAGUUAUAGCUGCAGCAAUUUUGAAAAAUGUAUUUUUGAGAACCAAUAAGCAGCUGCUCUUCAGAUGGCUGUGACUCAAAAAAACUAUUCGAGAUAUAGACUUUAAAUUUUAAUAUGUUAUUUUUGAAGCCAUAGACUAUUGAAAUAUGUAAAAAAAAAAAAUUUAUUUUUUCAAAAUUUCACACUAGUGGCCCCCCUCAAAAUUUAUUGAAAUUUUUUUUUAAU